AUGCUUGUCGCGCUGAUGGAGGAGUUGCUCCUCCAGGACAGAAUUGCCGUCCGAAUACAGACUAUUGCAUUCGAGGAGCAUGUGGUGCCGGCCAAACUUGUCGAAACACUCAAGAAUGUGAUGGCUGGAUCCAGUCCAACUGGUAUAAUAAUUGCUAUGUUGAAUGCGUGA